AUGACACUUCCCUGGGAGAUUCAGGCUCAAAAGGCUCGAGAUAUCCUUUCUAGCUCCAUCCCUCAACAAUGGCUCAUCCCGGCAGACAAAUUGCCCUCGCUCGAUGAAAAGAACGUAGAGGACUUUCCGCGCAGGAGUGGGCUGUUCUCGGAGCACGAGCUGGCCAUCACUGAGAUGUCCGCCACAGAGUUGGUAUGCGACAUGGGCUCCGGAAACCUUACCGCAGAGGAGGUGGUGACGGCUUUCCUGAAGCGUGCCGUGGUCGGACACCAAUUGCUCAACUUCGCGACGGAAUUUCUGGCAGAGAAGGCUAUUUCGCGAGCAAAAGAGCUAGAUCGACACUUCAAGGAGACUGGGAAGCUGGUUGGCCCCCUGCACGGAGUACCCAUCAGCGUCAAAGAGCAUAUCGGUAUCAAAGAUUUGACCUGCAACGGCGGCUAUGUAGCAUGGGUAAAUGACAUUGCAACCGAGGAUGCACUACUCCUUCAAUGCCUUGAAAAAGCCGGGGCUAUCUUCCACGUCCGCACAAAUCAACCACAAUCCCUCAUGCAUCUCUGCUGUAGCAACAACCUGACUGGCACGACGCUGAAUCCAUACAACCUCACUCUCAGUCCCGGAGGCUCCUCGGGAGGCGAGGGCGCUUCAACGGGCUUUAAAUGUGCCCCUCUGGGCAUCGGUACAGAUAUUGGAGGCUCGAUCCGCUGCCCUGCUGCAUUCUGUGGUUCGUAUGGUUUCCGUCCGACGGCCCUACGCAACCCAAUGACAGGCAUCAAGGCGCCUGAACCUGGCCAAGAAGCAAUUCGCGGGGUUGUUGGUCCUCUUGCUAGUCAGAGUGUGGCAGAUCUCGAACUCUUUCAGCAGGCUGUCCUGGAUCAACAACCAUGGGAGAUCGAAACCUCGAUUCCGCCGGUACCUUGGCGACGAGUGCAGCCUACCAAGGAUAUAGCCGUUGGAAUCAUGUGGGAUGACGGGAUUGUCCAUCCCCAUCCCCCCGUUACCCGCGCACUCAGACACGCCAAAUCCAAGCUUGAAUCAGCCGGCAUCAAGGUCGUGGACUGGGAACCCUACAAACAUGGCCAUGGCUGGGACAUAAUUUCUAAAAUGUACUAUCCCGAUGCAGCCCUCCUCCAACGUAGCCUGAUCACCGCCUCUGGCGAGCCCACACUCUCCCUGACCUCGUGGGCUUUUACCUACAGCAGCCCCAAUCCCCUCACUAUCGCCGAGACCUGGACCCUGAAUGCUCAACGCGAUGUCUACCGCGAUGAAUAUCAAGCCUUGAUGCGGUCUCGCGGCGUGGACUUCAUUCUCUGCCCUCCGUACGUUGGCGUCGCUGCCGUGCUCGGGGAGAGCCACUACUGGAAUUACACGGCUAUCUGGAACAUUCUAGAUCAGCCAGCCGUAGUGUUCCCAAGCGGGCUGUUCGUCGCAAAGGAUGAGCUGAUAGACGAAGAAAAGGAGUAUGUACCGCGGGCGAAUGGUGUUGAUGAACGGGAAUGGAUGAAAUGGAAGGUUGCCGGAGCGGAAAGAUAUGAGGGAGCGCCGGUGGGAUUGCAAUUGGUAGGAAAGCAUUUCAAGGAUGAGGAGACACUGGCAGCAGCAGGGUUGGUGAGCGAACUGCUUUCUAGGGGUUAG